CCUUCCACGUCCGUAAGUGUGUUCAGAACAAGCGCGUAAAACAACGGACACAAAGCAGAAAAGAUGUCUAGGAUUUACAUAGGUAGAUUGAGCUAUCGUGCGAGAGAAAAGGACGUGGAGAAGUUUUUCAAAGGUUAUGGGAAAAUACUGGAAGUAGAUUUGAAAAAUGGGUAUGGGUUUGUUGAAUUUGAUGACCCGCGGGAUGCUGAUGAUGCUGUGUACGACCUGAAUGGUAAAGACCUCUGUGGAGAGAGAGUCAUCGUAGAACAUACCAGAGGACCCCGCCGUGAUGGCAGUUACGGCGGUUCCGGUCGAAGCGGUGGUGGUGGUGGUAGUGGCGGCGGCGGCGGCGGUGGAAGCAGCUUCUACGGCCGUGGAGGGAGAGACAGGUACGGGCCGCCGGUCCGUACCGACUACCGGCUUAUUGUGGAGAACCUCUCCAGCCGCUGCAGCUGGCAAGACCUCAAGGAUUACAUGCGCCAGGCGGGCGAGGUGACGUAUGCCGACACCAACCGGGGGCGGCGUAACGAGGGCGUGAUCGAGUUCCGUCUGUACGCGGACAUGAAGCGUGCCCUGGAGAAGCUGGACGGCACCAUGGUGAACGGCCGCAAGAUCCGCCUCAUCGAGGACCGUCCCGGUGCACGCCGCAGCCGGCGCUCCUACUCGCGCAGUCACAGCCGCUCCAGGUCUCGCUCCCGAAGCAGGAGGUCCCGCAAGAGCCGUAGCCGCAGUGGCAGCAGCAGCCGCAGUCGCUCUCGCUCCAGACAAGCCUCACGCUCCCGCAGUCGCUCGGCAAGCAAGAAGACGAAGAGCAAGAGCCGCCACGAGGAGGAGGAUCGCAGCAACGGGGCCCACAAGAGCCGCAGCCGCAGUCCCAAGAGCAGCAAGCACAGCAGCAAGAAGGAGAGCAAGAAGAGCCGCAAGGACAAGGACAAGUCGCGCUCCCGCUCCCGCUCGGCAUCCCGAUCGCGCUCCCGCUCCAGACAGCGCUCCGCCUCGCGCUCCCGUUCCCGCUCCGGCGACAACAAGGAGCGCUCCUCCAAGAAGUCCGGCUCCAAGGGCGGCGACGAGCGUCCCAAGAGCGAGGACGGAGCGCCGGCGGCCAGAGCCUCCCGCUCCAGGUCAAGGUCACGAUCCCGAUCGAGGUCGCGGUCUCGCUCGGCGUCGGCAAAGAACGGCCGAGACAAGUCCAAAUCUCCGGCCCCGGCCAAGGCCCGCUCCCGGUCCAGAUCCGAGUCUCGUUCAAAGUCCCGCUCACGUUCCAGGUCCCGAUCAAGGUCGCAAUCCUGAAUCUGACAUGCCACACAAACACACUUUCUCUCUCACACACAUUCUCUCUCUCUCUCUCUCUCUCUCUCUCUCUCUCUCUCUCUCUCUCUCUCUCUCUCUCUCUCUCUCUCUCUCUCUCUCUCUUCCCCCCCCCCCACUCACACAUACAUGCCCCAACCUACCCCAUUGACCCUGGGCUCCCUCUCAGGAGUCGUGUUUUAACUUUUUUUUUAUUUUUUAUAAAUAGCCGUAGGAAGAGUGGAGUCGUCUGCUCAGCAUUUUGUCUGUUUUCACACGCAUUACAUUCAGUACAUUACAUGCUACUACCUUCACAUUUUAUUUCAAUUUUAUUUUAUUUUUUUGUAUCAUUAAUCUGAUGUCUGUCUUCCCUGUAGUAAUGUCUUGAUCAGUGUCUGUAAACUAUUCAGUGAUUUUUGGUAUAAUGGCUGGGAGGGAUUUUUUUUAUUAUUAUUAAGGUGACGCGUCUGAAAAGGUUGUAUAUUGCAGUCUUAACCUCUGUACUGCUCAUUUGGCGCAUACAGUGUUUAGGAAAUUUGGGAUUGUUUUUAUGUUGCUGUCCACCAUGGUGGAACAAAAUAUUUUACCAAUUCAAGAGAAUUAUUAAAAUUUACCUGAUGUGUUUCA